AUGGGACAAGAAGCAUCUGUACCGGUGGAUAAAGGAAGAAGGCUGGAGGUAAUAGAUGCUGGGUUCUCGAGAACUGGGACGCUAUCCUAUGCCUAUGCUCUAGAGAAGCUGCUCGACGGACCGGUACAUCAUACAGCGAGCCAGCUUUUUAAUCGAGAAGACUCGUACUGUAAAGAAUGGAAUCAGAUAUAUCGAUACAGGCGUGAGGGGGAUCGCACACAGUUACUAAAAGCGCUUGAAGAUGCCUUUUCAGGUUUUGCAGGUGCAACUGAUGUCACAGCCAUUGAUUUCCUCCCAGAGCUCAUGGAAUUAUAUCCAGAUGCAAAAUUCGUCCUUGUCACACGCCCUCCAGCAGCGUGGUGGAAGAGUUUCAAGUCAGUAGCUGAUAACGCAGGAAGUAGAGCUAUGGGAUACAUCACCAUGCCACUACCUGGUAUUCGAUGGUUUAUUGACACUGCACGAGGAUUCUUUGAAGCAGCUGAAGAUAGAACUGGCCGCAAAUGCAACCCACUCUGGAUUGAACAGCAUAACGAGUAUGUGCGUAAUUUAGUUCCAAAGGAGCGCCUACUUGAAGUAGAGCUGGGAUCAGGAUGGGAGCCACUCUGCAAACUCUUAGGUAAACCAAUUCCGAAAGAGCCAUUUCCACAAGUCAACGAGGCUGCAGCAAGAGAUAACUUUACACUCAACAUCCUUCGGAAAGCAGCGAUGGCUUGGGCCGGAAUAUUUACGGUUAUUGGGGUAAUUUCUUACUUCACUUGGCAAUUGGAGAUUCGUACUUUUAACCGCUGA